AUGAACAGCCCGUUCACAAAUCCCCUACUCGAAAUCCCGACUGUCAGCUGGGUAGAGGUGCCGGAUAGCGAAUACAUCGCCUCGCUCCGCGCCAAGGAAAGCAUCGGCAUUCGACGCGGGAAAAUCCCGGCCACCCCGAGAAAGCCGCCGCCGGAGAAGAAGGAUCGGCUGAAGGGACCGCCGCCCCUCGGUGUGCCGCCCAUAAUCUCGUUGGACUGGACGUUUUCCCAGGGCGGUGAUUUGAUUGCGGCUGUCAACGCUGCAGGCGCGAUCGUCUUCUGGGAGCUGUCGAAGAAGGAGUACGUGACGGAUGAAGGGCUGCUCGGGGCUGAGAUGAUAGCCGAUACAUGGAGCUCGCCGGCUGUUGACGCGUGUUGGAAUAGUGACCGGACUCUCGCCGUCUCGUUCCGCGAGCGCACGAUCCGGCUUUUGGACACAAAAAGUGGAGAUUGCCUGCUGGAAGAAACUACGGUCCGAACUGCCGGCGCGAAAGCUGCAACCCAGCUUCGUCUGUUCCCCGGUGUCUUCAUUUUCCAGGCCGAGCCCUUCGCCACGAACGAUUCGACGUUUGCCGGUGUCUGCUAUCUGGUGCCCGACCAAAAGAAUGAUGGAUAUUUCGUUGUGCCGCUUAGCAAUCGACAUGAACUCCAAGUGUUUGAUGUGGCUGCCUGUGCGACGAAUGGGCUUCUCGUUUCCUGUGGCGUUGAUGGCGCGCUUCUCGUUUCUACAAAUGGUCGAUUGGCUCCCGCCUAUGCAAUGAUGGACUUUACCUUCUCUGCCCAACGGAAGGCGCUACAAUUGACGAG